UGCUAAUUCAUGGCCAUUUUUUAAGGUCUGUUGACUAGCUCUUUUGUGCAUGCGCAACUUAGUCCACAUUAGGGAGUUACUGACCUCAGUCAGUAAACACAGUUGUAUAUUCAGCUAAACAGAGAUGCUGUCCACUCUAAAAUAUCCCAUGCAAUGGCUCACAACCACCAGACUUACCGUGAGGUGUGUAAAUACAAGCUCACAAUCCAAGCAACAAGAUGCUACAAGACCACAACAAGCCAAGCCAUUCAACUCAAUCCCAGGACCCAAGCCUCUGCCAUUGCUGGGCAAUUUUCUGGAUAUAGCCAAGGUUAGGAAGAGUGGUGGACUAAUAUUCGAGUUCUACGACAAAGAAUUCAAGAAAUAUGGAGAAGAAAUCAUGAAGAUUACUUUACCAGGUGUUGGUCCCAUGGUGAUAGUGGCGGACCCUGUUGUUCUGGAGGAGGUACUCAGAGCUGAAGGAAAAUAUCCGCAGAGAGACAAGUUAUUUACCCCAAAGACAAAAUGGCUCUUUGAUCAUAGUGGAAUACCAGCUGGGUUAUCCCAGGAUGGUGAGGACUGGAAGAGAGAUCGUGUUGCAAUUAACAAGCAGAUACUGCCCCGGAAUGUGAACAGCUACAUUGAGGGCCUGAAUCCUAUCUACACUCGAUUCUCUAACCACCUGAGGAGGAUAAGAAGUGAAGAUGGUUUGAUUGAGGAUUUCACUUCACUUUCGCGAAAAUUGACCAUGGAAGCAACUGGGAAGUUUGUAUUUGGUGCUGAUCUCGACCUGCUUGUUAAUCCAAAGGAGGAUGACAUCAAAUUCCUCGAUAAGGUGGAUCAGUUUUUCGAGGGUUUGGGAAGGUUGGCGUAUGAGCUGCCUCUGUACAAGGUCUACAAGAACAAUCUGUACCACUUCUACAUGGAUGCUUUACACGGGACCAAUGACCAUGGUAGCAAGUAUGCCAACAAGUUGCAGGAGAAACUGGAGAAAGGGGAGAGCAGUGAAGUGCAGGGGUUGCUAGAGCAAUGGCUGAGAGAAAAGAAGUUGUCCACUGAAGAAGCUGUGGCAAUGUCAUCUUCAAUGUUCUCUGCCGGGGUCCACACGACUGCCUAUCAGUCGACGUACCUUUUGUUUGAGUUGGCUAAGAACCCUGAGGUCCAGGAGCAGCUCUACCAGGAGAUACAGAGUGUGGUGGGGGAGCGACCUCCCACAGCUCAGGACCUAGAGGCAAUGCCUUACCUCAGAGGAUGCAUCAAGGAGAGUUUCAGAGUUAGGUCAGUUGCAAAUAUGCUCCCCCGAGUUCUAAAUGAGGAUGCCGUCAUCCAUGGUUACCAUGUACCUGCUGGGGUGACUUUGCUCUACUCGAAUUACACGGCUGCAAAGAGUGACAAAAUAUUUGAGGAGCCAUCAAAAUUCAAGCCAGAGAGGUGGUUAAGAAAGGAUGGACCACAGCAGCAUCCCUUUUCACUACUGCCAUUUGGGUUUGGACCCAGACAAUGCUAUGGGAAAAGAUUUGCCGAGUUGGAAAUGAAACUACUGCUGAUUGAAAUGGCUCGUAACUUCACUCUAAAGACAACCAAAGAGGACCUGAAGACAUGACAGUGGAUGAGGACGUGCCUCUUUAUUUCACUGACAAAAAUUGAUUUCAAUAUAGCAAUUAUCUUUUGAAUAUCACUCUGUUCGUGUACAGUGGUUUUGUAGAAGUUUUUGAUAGCCAUA